AUGAAGACGACAAGUGCCAUAGCCCUCGGCCUCAUCGCCGCCGCUUCAGCCAACCCGGUCCGCCUCACUACACGUUACGAAGCUGGCAGUGCCGGCUGCGGCAAACCACACACCUCUGGCUUCAAUUCCAACCCAGACAGCCACACCAUCACCUCUGGUGGAUGCAGCCGAACAUACGCAGUCCGCGUUCCAGACGGUUACAAUAACGAUAAGAACAAGCCCCGCAAAGUAAUCUUCGAUUUUCACGGCCGCAAUGGGAGCCCCGAGGCCCAGUACAAUAACUCCCAAUACGACAAGUAUGAUGCCGGAAAGGAGUACAUCGGCGUUUAUCCAGCGGGCGUCAAUGCGUCAUGGCAGGGUGCACCAUACGCUGUUGAGGGUGUAGAUGAUGUUUUGUUCGUGAAGGAUUUGCUUGCGCAAAUCCGCGAGGAGUACUGUAUUGACGACGACCACGUGUAUGCGUCUGGAAAGAGCAAUGGUGGAGGAUUCGUUGACACGCUAGCUUGCUCCGAUGAGGGCGAUGAAUUCGCGGCUUUUGCUAUGGCAUCUGCGGCGUUGUACGAUGACACGAGCAAGGAUCGCUGCAACAAGAAGCGCGCCAUCCUCGAGGCGCAUGGUGGAAACGAUACAACCAUCCCUUAUGGCGGCGGCCCUACUAGUUCUGGAGGCAAUGUUCCUAAUAUUGAUCAGUGGGUUACUUGGUGGGGAGAGCGCGAUGGGUGUGCGGCGGAUGAGGGAAGUACCACACAGCAUGACGGUUAUGAGACAACAACAUUCGCGUGCGAAGGUUUGAGGGCCGUUGUCAAGCACUACAAGGUCAAUGAUCUGGGGCACUGCUGGCCUUCGUCGACGGGCGACAACUCGGAUGGGUCGCGCGACUACUGCAAAGACCAUUCGCUGGACUUCACACCGCGGGUGCUGGAUUUCUUCGGCACGUGGGACUUAAAGAACGCGCCUAAGAACUGA